GCAUUCCCUGUGCAAGGCACCACAACCACCAACCGCAUCCUUACGCAUACUAGCAAACAAGUUACCUUAUUCCACCCUGUACUUUUCAAGUUCCAGUUCAAUUGCGUACUCGUAUUGACCUUGGACGAUAGAAUCGUCCUUCAGACUUCACACAUUCUUUGUCGAUCAAUUCACUGCAGCCAGAUCGAUCAUGGCACAUGACCCCGUCUCACCUUUCCUCUGAUCACGAUCUCUAGCUCUAGUCUACACCCUGUCCCAGUCACAAUCCGAUCAUGCCGUCGCGCCAGAGGCCUGCCGCUUCUGGAUAUGCACGACUGGCACAGGCCGAUGAAGAUGAAGGCCCAUUGACAGAUGACUCUGGAGAUGAAGAAUAUAGCCGAACACCCCUGACCACCAGAUAUGCCUCCAUCCAACCUGCUCCGAGGGACGGUAUGCGCCCUGGACCAACCCGUCCUCGCGGAAGACACAACAGACGCACCAGAAGUAACUCUUCCGGGGUGGACAUCAAAGCAAUCAACGCUCGAUUAGAACGAUGGGCCGAAGAGAUUGCGUCCAAGUUCAAGAUUUCGUCGGUCAAGGGCAAGACUCAAGAGGAGGAACACCUUGAAAUCCAUCAUUCCGUCUUUCAAGCGCCUCCCGGAGUCCGUCCCUAUACUGCGCACGAUCUAUAUGCCUAUAAUGCCGCCCAGACCGACCGCAUGACUGCAGAGCAGUUUGAUCGAGUCGUCGAAUCCGUCCAUGUCGCCAUCGAGCUGGGCACACAUCCCAAGAUGAUUUCCCAAGGAAGUUCGGGGAGUUACUUUGCCCGCAACAGCGAGGGGAAAGUGGUUGGCGUCUUCAAACCAAAAGAUGAGGAACCAUAUGCCUCGAGGAAUCCCAAAUGGACAAAAUGGAUCCAUCGCAACCUAUUUCCCUUUUUCUUCGGUCGAGCAUGUUUGAUCCCCAAUUUGUCCUACGUUUCCGAAGCGGCGGCCUACGUCCUCGAUAGUCAACUGCGAACAUACAUUGUCCCAUACACCGAUAUUGUUUGGAUCUCUUCCAAAUCAUUCUAUUACGACUUUUGGGAACGGCGAAGCAAUUGGCGAGGGAAGAAGAGUCUCCCUGCCAAAGUGGGCAGUUUCCAAGUCUUCUUGAAGGGCUUCAAAGAUGCCAACAUAUUCUUACGCGAGAAUCCCUGGCCUGAUCUGAACACCGACUUCCGAGCAGAUCUCGAACACACACGAAAAAGACGGCCUCUGGCGACCUGUAUUCCCGGAGGAACUCAGUCAGACGACGAAGAUGAACCACCUCGAAUCUCGUCACCGAUGCCACAAGAACAAACACCCAAAUUCCAGUGGACACCGACUUUGAAGCAAGCCUUUAGAGAAGAGCUGGAGAAACUCGUCAUUCUAGACUAUAUCAUGCGCAACACUGAUCGCGGGUUGGACAAUUGGAUGAUCAAAAUAGACUGGAAACUCGAACAGGUUUCCAUUGUGGCAGAGCCGCCAAAGACCAACGGUAACGGGCCGGGGCCCACACAAAUCCCUGAACCUGGACCUCGACCUGUGUCAGUCAGUCCGAGACCAGAAUCCAAUACCUCAAGACCAUAUCGAAGGUAUGAAGCGAUGGAGAGUAGAUCAGGCACGCCAUCCAACGCCAAAGACGACCCAGUGCCAUCGAUAUCAUUAGGAGCCAUCGACAACAGUCUGUCCUGGCCGUGGAAACACCCUGAUGCAUGGCGAAGCUUCCCCUUCGGAUGGCUCUUCCUUCCUGUCUCCCUAAUUGGACAGCCCUUUUCUCAGAAGACUCGAGACCAUUUCCUCCCUCUACUGACAUCCACCGCCUGGUGGAGCGAAACCCAACUUGCGCUUCGACGUGUAUUUGCACAGGAUGCCGAUUUCAAGGAGAGCAUGUUUGCCCGACAAAUUGCCGUCAUGAAAGGACAGGCAUGGAACGUAGUAGAAACGUUGAAACAACAUGACCACGGUCCCUUGGAGCUAACUCGACGCACGCGAGUUUGUGUAUGGGACGACCUCGUCGACGUACCCGUCGCCAUUCCCAUGCGUGUGCCAUCCGCAGAGAUGAGCCGACAUAAAGCACGCAUGGGCCAACCACGACAACAACAAACCCAGGAAGAAGAGAUGGACAUUGGAGCGUCUUAUGCAUCAGCACCAACCCCCAAACAGCCAUCCCAUGACCUCCUCGGCUCACCCACCCACGAACUCCCCAAUCCCAACCGAUUUGACCUUACACGCGAAGAGCAAGCCGGAGGAGAGGUAUCAUAUUUCCAGUCCCAAUCUGAAGAUCCGACCUCCCGACAUUAUCUCCCACCUGGCUCACCCAAAGCCAGCACAUCAUUCGACGCCAAAGACGCGCGCAACAGUCUCGCCGAUACAUCCCACCAUGGUUCACGACCCUCGAUGAAGAAUUACAAACAAUCACGAUUCUCGUUUGACUUUACAUCGAUGCGUCAUUCUGCUGCUACUGCUGCUGCUGGCAACGGGGUUGCAGGUGGUAAAGGUGUCUCGUCCAGUCACACCGGUGGAAGCAUGCGUCGCCAACGUAGUAUGUCGACACGCAGUAGCGGUCGUCCGGGAACUGGUCCAUCCAUGAUCUACGAAGGCGAUGAUCUCGAGGGUGACUUGGGAUAUGCUGCCGCCAGUGACAUGGAAGCCAAUAAGAGGAAAGUGAUUGUCGAGAGGCUGGAGACGGUUAAGAGCAAGAAACCCGUGUUUACAUGGUGUUGAUUCCGGUGAGAGAGGUGGAUAGAAAAAAAACAAAAAGCCCUCAUCAUGUAUCUGCAAAUUGGAUGGUGUGGUUGGUGUAAUUAGUACUGGCAUUGAUCUGGGUGAGGAGAAUACUAAGCAUUGGGAGCAUUUCUGGCAUUUGCGAUGCGAUUCGUGUUUGUUGUUUGCGAUAGACACGACGAUGACGAGAAAGAAGGAGGAGAGAAAGAUGGAAAAGAAGUAUGGUAUCCCAUGGGCCAAAGCGCAGGCGGCCAACGGUACACAGGUACACUGGAUAGAAUAAGAUACAUUAUAUUGUAUUGUACUGCACUUACUA